GAGCGGUCGUUUCUGAAGAUCAAAUCUGAAGAGAAGAACACGAAAAACUGAAGUGGCUCACGAAUUUACAACUUUUGACGGCUUCAUCGAAAAUAAAACUCACCAGACGCCGAAGGACUCCGACAAACACCUCUAACCAACAUCUGAAAAAAGAGGACAACAUCUACGAGAUGGAGAACGUAAGAUUUCAUGACAAUAUUAGCAUACAAACUUGUGUUACUGUCGAGACUUUCGUGAUGGUUAAGCGAUGCAUCGACAAGGAUUAAAUGUGUGCAUGGAUAUUUACAGUGUCUAUGACUUUAAUGUGACAGGCAUUAUCAAAACUAGAAAAAUUGCAUUUCCUUGCGGAAAAUGCGUGGAAAUGCUGAGUGCUGAAAGCUGAAAAAGCAAUGCUAAACUGCUAAAAAAAAAAUGGAGGAAGGUUUAAAUGUUAAAUUUGGUUAAAGAGCUGGAGAAAGAUAAGUAGAAGUUGGAUGAAAGUGAAAAUCGCUAAAGUACAAAUAGUAUGAAUGUGCUUCAUAAAUUAAAAUUGCAUUCAUGCUGAAUAAGGCUAGAAAAACUGUCUGAAAUUGCAACAAAAAAAAUGGAUAAGUAAGAAAAUUACCCUAAAACACAGAAAAGUAAGAAGUGGCAUAAGUUAAAGUUGAAGUACUAGAAGAAGUAUGAUAAUAAUAGGUCGUUGUACUAGUGAUAUUAGUAGUCAUGUAAGCAGUAGAAGUAGUUUUAGAAUAGAAGAAGUAGAAGUCAAAGCAGUAGAGCUCGUGGUAGAAGUAAGAGUAAAAGUAAAAAAAUAUUAAGAGAAGCAUGAGCAGUGGAGGUAGAGGUGAAGAUACAAGUUAAAGUGAUAUAAGUAGUAAUUGUAGUGGUAGAACUGGGAUUUUGUUUGAAGAAUAAAAACAUACAUAAAUAAUGAGAAUGAUUUUGAAGUGGGAAAAAUUUUAAAUAAUUAGAAGUCCUAAAGUGUUAAACAGGUUUGAAGUAUCAGAAAGGUUUGAAUGAGUUUGGAUUUGUCUGACAAAUUUAAUAAAGCAUGAAUAAUGAGAAUAAUUUUAAAGUGGGGAAAAGUUAAAUGAAUAAAAUACUGAGUACACCCCAUAAUGUCCUCAAUGAGCUGAAUUUUUGAAGCCCAGAAUGGUUUCUGUAGCUCAAAGUUUGUGGGUGGAGAUAGGUGGUGAUGCAGACACAUAUUAACUGUGUGUACAUGCAGGUCUUUUAGACACAGACACACACACACACACAUUGUCAGACUGUGUGUGUGUGUGUGUCUUGUUAAUGAUUUUAUCCUAAACAGCUGUGAGAUCAAAGGCAUUAACUGACCCACUGUUUGAAUGAGAAGCUGCCUUUGGACUUCUUCACAUAGCACGAUUUCUUUAAAUCCCAGAAUGAAAAUAAGAAAAUCUUACAAAUCCUCCUCCUUUCAUGAACAUAAUGAUCUGGUUUUUUUGUCUGUACUCCAAAAAAUGUGGCCACAACAGCGAGUUAAAGUCGAGACGUUGGGAUGGUUAUCUUAAAAGUGAUGCAUUGACAUCACAUGAAAGUCCUGCCCACCAUGUCAAAGACUCUUCGUGCUUAAGAGCAGAAAAGCUUGUGUUAUUGUGAGAAAUCUCUAUAAGAGAUUUUUUAUGUCUUCUGGGCUAUUUAAAACCGUCAGUCUGAAACUUAUUUGACAGUUUCUUUUAUACUAACCGAUGCUCUCUUAUUUCUUCUUUAAAUCUGCACAGAGGAGUCAACCCACUCCUGGAAGUGGAGAAGCUCAGAGAAUUGCCUGGUCGAGCUUCAACAUGAGGUAAGAAACACGUUUAACUUAUGAUGACAGUAAAAUGCAAACUCAAAUUUACAGGGGUGUGAUAUUAAACAGUAGUUUACCAAUGUGCCUCUAAAACAAUCUUUUACCUCUUUUGCAUUUAAUAUGCAGAGUGUAACAUUUGAAACAUGACAGAGACCUCCCAGCAGAUUAUAAUCUGAGACAGUUCAGAGUUAAAUCUGUGACAGUGCCAGCAAAAAUCUAAAGAUUCGCAAAUUUAGGAUUUGAUUUUGGACUUACACUGUGUUUCAUACUCUUUUUGUCACAAGACACAUGUAUUUAUGUUAUACAUUUCAGUGGUUAUUUUAACUGAAUAAGACAAUUCAAAGGCUUCACAUAAGACAUUUACUGAUCAAUUAACCAGUCAGACAAAGGAAAUAUGUAAAAACACUAAAUGAAAUAAAGAAGUUUUAUCAUUGUUUGCUCUUACUGGGAGUCUCUAGUCAAAAACUAGUAAAGUCAGGUAUGAUAGAUAAGAUACUCCUUUAUUAGUCCCACAAGGGGAAAUUCCCAGUAAGGGAAACAAAGACCAUUUUAAUUUACUGUGUUUGAAAUUGAAGGAAAAACAUGUUUUGUAUGAGGCCUUUCCCGGAUAAUAUGCAUUAAAAAAGCUUUGUUUUAAAAACGCUGUGUCAACUUAAAGAGAUUCAGCACUUAGGUUUUUAAUGAAUAAGUGUGAACAAAGAGGGGGUUCAUUUAUCAAUAACAACAACACAAAAACAGGGAAUAACCUUCAGGUGUUUUAAAUCACUGUGAGUGUGCUGUAUUAUUUUUGAUACAUAAAGACACUUUUUCAGUUUGACUCUGAUACUUCCUCAAAGACCAUCCAGUGCGUGUUUAUUGUAUUUUAUCGUCUGAAUAUCACCAUGGUUUGAGUCUGUGUGACUGUCAUGUGUCUCUGCAGAUAUUUCUGUUUAUGGAUUUGUUUUGUUCAUUAAAAUAACCAACCUGUGUUUCUGUGUUGACCAGUAACACUGUGUCAGAGGCUCCUAACACAGAAAACUGCAGCCCAAAGAACUUUUGGCUGCACAGGCUGUUUGGUCAACCUCUGGUAUGUUUCAGAGCUGUUAAAAUAAGAUCAUUUUAUAAGUGUGACAUUUAAAAUCAGACACCAAAAAUAUUUGACACAGUGGGUUUUCAUUUUUAUAUUUGUUGUUACUCCACAGAGAAAAGUCAGAAGUCUAAUCAGCCAUCAGCGGAGGUGAGUAAACUGCUCCAACAAUCAGCUGUUUAUUUGUGCAGCCACAAAAGCUUCUGAUAAAUAUUGACUAGUCACUGCAGACUCCUUUAAAAACAUCACUACAGGUUGUUAAAACAAAUGUCACCACAUGGUAAUGGUGUGUGCUUGUGUCUGCAGAGAUGUCACCUCCAACGGUCUGGCUGGCUCCACAGCACCCCCACCUGGGGAGAAAAUCAAGAAACCAAAGGAGAAGAAAUGGGGUUGUUCUUGGUUUCUUAAGUGCUGUAGAGUAAGUAAAGCAUAGGAAUACCAGUCUGGACUUCAGUGUUGUUAUAAGCAUUAGUUUUGGUUUAUCUUUCAGUUGAUUCUGUUACUGACGAAUCAAAAUUAUUUUUUACUCCAUUAGAGAGAAAAGUGUGUGUCUCCUCUCUCUGAUCCUAAAGAUCAGCGAAAGCCUCCUCAGGAACUCCAGAGAAGGUAAGUCAUUGAAAGUCAAUAAGGAUUAUUGGCAGUGCUGGUAGUGUGAAUUAAAAACUCUGAGUGUUGUGUUGGUCAAAUCUCGUCUCCUUAAAUUCAGUCCCACUUCGAUCUCAGUACUGAUUUUUGCUAAAAUAACCUUCUUUUCCACGGAUGAGGUCAACUGUAAAAUAUGAUUCAGUACAAGUAGAUUACUAGCCCCACACACUUGUAGCUCUUUGCUGUUCAUUGUUAUUUACAGUUUGUUUUUGUCUCACUGCAGCACUGACGAGGUUUCUCAGAGCAGCGUGCCACAGAGCGGACCGGGAGUCGCCACUGACAAGGUUUCUCAGAGCAGCGUGCCACAGAGCGAACCAAGAGUCGCCUAUCAGCAGGUCAACCUUGGGUGAGUACACGUGAUUUUCUGGAUUCAUCACUUAAAUCCAUGCAGCUACAUUUUGAUAAAAACAAUCCUCAGUUUGUGUCUGGAGCUGUGAUAUUAAGAUAUGAUUCCAUUUGUUGUGUUUGUGUGUCAGAUUUCCAAACCCAGCCCAGAUCUGCUACAUGAACUCCAGCCUCCAGAGCUUGCUCACGCUCACACGGUUUGUGAGGGACAUCAGGAGCCAGGAGGAGGUCUGGAGUCUGAUCCCAGAGGCCCAGCUGAUGAGGUGUAGUAUCUGUAAACACACACACACACACACACACACACACACACACACACACACACACACACACACACACACACACACACACACACACACACACACACACAGUUAAAAUAAGUGUAAAAGAUGACUAAAGUAGAGGGUUAGGUUGUUUUAUGCCAGACUGCAUGAGUAAGAGUUGUACACACAGCAGAUAACAGCCAGCAUAGCUGUCUGCGGGAGUUCCUACGUUAAAGCAAAGCUAUGCACUGCAGAUGGGUCACAAGAAGCAACUUACACCACUUUGAGUCAAAAAUGUAUAUUCUUAUUUUUGUUUUAGAUUAUUAUAUAUCGCCUUCAAACACCUGAACUAUCCUUGAAUAAUUUCAAACGUAACAUGCCAAGUACAAGGUUUACGUUGAGAAAUGGUCUCUGAUUUGUUAGUUUUGUACACCAACGUUUCCUGGUUUGGUUCAGAAAAGAUCGUGGCUUGGAUUAAAAUUCAACUGUGAUCUUUACAUGCUCUCAAACAGCUUCAACAACAGAACGUGUUGUUGAAGCUACGAGUCAAACUUUUGACGUAAACUAAAAACUGAAAUACAAGAAAGAAAAGGAAUAAUGCAUCCAAAUUAAUAUUGCUAUUCAAAAUUGACCCAAAGCUUUUUUUGGUCCUCAGGAUAUGAGAAAUAUUAAGCUUUUGUCUUUUUUUUUAAUGAAAAAUCUGGUUUAUUGUGUUAAUGAACUAGCAUUUAAUGAUAAAUUAUUAAUAAUAGGUAUUAAUAUACAGGACUGAAACUGAGGAAAAGAUAAAAAUAAUAAAUAAUAAAAACUUAUGAAAUAUGUCAAUGUCAGAUAAUUCAAAUGAAGUAUUGUAAUUAAAUGGGUUUUUAAAUCUGACAUAUUAAAAAAAAUUAACAUACCCCAAAUCAUUUUAACUGGUGAUCAGAAAAAUGUCCCAAUCUGAGUUUGAUUGUUUUUUUUUUUUAUGUUAGCUCAUAGUGUAAAAUGUUGGAUAACAAUAUUUUUUUUUCAAUGCAUUGUGUAUGUAGACUGGCAUAGGGUUAAAAUUCUGGAAAUUAUUUAUCAUUUGAUAUUUAUAAACAAAGUUGAAGCUGGUGAAUUAAAUGUGAUUCAUUAUAAGUUGAAAACAAUAUUUAUGUAUAAUUUUAUGUCAGUUUUUGGCUUUGAACUUAUUUUUUGUCCUGUACUGUAAAAAGAGAUUUUUUUUAAAGUCUAAAAAUGAUUCAACAUUUAAUAUAAAUGAACAGUAAAUCUGCUUACAAGAUUUGACCCAUUAAAAGAAGAGAUAAUAUCCAUGUUAAACUAUUUCAUAACAGAUUUUUUGCCAAGGAUAAGUUAAUUUCAGGAUGUCAGGAACUUUUUGUUGCUGAGACAUGAGGCUUCAGUUUAUCCGCAAAUCUUUAAAUCAAACUAAAACAAGCUCCUCUCUGUUCCUCUGCAGUUAUUUCAUGGACAUUGUUCGUCUCCGUGACGGUGGUGACACUCUCCUAAAACUUAGUGCUCUGGGUAAAUUUAAGUGGCUUCUCUCUAUCCAGGCCCCAGAGUUUAUGGACCAUGAUCAGAAAGUAAGUCAGCUCGUUUUCUUUAAAGUUUCACUAACUGCUCCUUGUCUGCGUAUCCAAUCAAACCUGUGUUUCUGUUUGCUCAGGAUGCCCAUGAGUUUCUGACUGCAGUUCUGGGUCAGAUGAGGGACCUGGCUGCGCCACUGAGGCAAGUUGCCUCUAUCCUGGGGAGGUCCUACAGGUGUCCUGUGGAAAGUAACCUGCUGUUCAGGAUGCAGAACUGCAGAAAAUGCAAGAGGUAAAAACAUACAGAUGGUUGCAGGACAAAUUUACCUCCAGUUUGACUAAUGUGUUUAAUUUUUUGCUCAUUUUUAUCAAGUCAGGUCAAAUCUACAGUAAUCUUUUCUUUUAUCUUUACAUUUUCUUUUCACAACAUGUAUAACUACAGUAUAUAAUCAUAUGUAUUGUCCUUUUAACGUGCAGAUGUGGCUCCGCCUCAGUGAGAGAGGAGGAAUUCCUGAAUCUCUCUCUGGACCUGAUUCCUGGGGGUUCGGUGCAGCAGAUGCUGCAGGAAUAUGAGAAGGUAAAGAAGCUGGACUUCUUUAAUCAACAUCCACAUUGUCUGAUAUGAAGCCACUCAAAUGUUUCACUCUGCGGUUAUUUUUGGUUGUUGAUUUUCCAUGUUUAAUGUACACAGUAUCUGACAGCAUGUUUUCUCUGCAGGACACAGACUUGGAGUUCAACUGCGAGUGUGGAGGCACAACUUCAGCACAGUGCUCCACCUUCACAACCCUGCCAAAGUGGGUGACGUUACAUCCAUCCCAGACUCACUGUUUCCCCCUGUUGCAGACACAUGCACAGAUUAUUUUCUGUUAAUUUAUCCUCAGUAUUUUCAUGCUCAGAAAUUCCCUCAGUUUAAUAAUCCUGUGGUCAUUCCCUCUCUGCUGCUCUCCACAGUUUCUUGGUGCUCCAAAUGAAGAGGUUCCAAUUCACUGAGUCCUACGAGCUUGUGAAACGUCACGACCCCGUGGACCUCACCAGGGAACUGAUUGUGACAUCUAGCCAGGUGAGACACUUAUGCGCCAAAGUGUAAGAGUGUAGAAGUGUGUGUGUGUGUUUGUGUGUGUGUGUGUGUGUGUGUGUGUGUGUGUGUGUGUGUGUGUGUGUGUGUGUGUGUGUGUGUGUGUGUGUGUGUGUGUGUGUGUGUGUGUGUGCUUGUUUCUAACAGUUGUUCUGUGUGUUUGCUCUCAGGCUACGAGCUGGUACAGUCUGGUUAGUGUCAUCAGUCAUUUAGGCAGUGAAGGAAACGCAGGUAAAAGAUUCACUCAGUGAGGGUCAGAUCAGCCAGUGCAGUCUUCUGUUAGGUCCUCAGAUACAUAACAGAUAGAUAAAUGCCAAUCAAAGGCUAGAGUCUUUAAAGUCUCAGGAAGAUCAAAUUAACAUUAGCCUUCAAACCAUGUCUUUGUAAGAAAGAUAAAACAUUAUGAAGUAACUGGAUCGGUCUCAUUCAGCAGAAAGUGCAGGCCUCUCUUGGAUCUUGGUAACAUUUUCCAUCAUUUUACUUUCAAAGAACUGUUGAACUCCAAAGAAUGUUUGAAGAAACUUGUUAUAAACCAAUUUUUAGGAUUUAAAAUCACAUAAUUUAACAUGUAAGCUAAAGCACCAGAAUUAGAAUUAGAAGUAUACUUUUAUUUUUAGAAAUGCAGCCAAAUAAAAGUGAAAGUCGCCGGCACAAAAAAAACUACAGUAAAGUACAGACACUUCAAAAUUAUACUCAAGUUCUAUAUUUAAGUAAUGCUACGUACUUACUGUACAACACUGUUCUAGACUUUGCAAUUCAUUGUAUUAAAAUAUCAGAGAGCCUACUAACUGUUAAAGUUUAUGAAAUGACACAAAGCAGAACAACUUUUGAUGGUGAGAUCACUUGAUUUACUCUUUGACAGCUGAGAUCCCAGAGUCUGCUGUGUCUGCAGACAUGGGCUCACUCUCCAGAUUUGUCUUUAAGCCAUCAUGCAGCAUUACCUUGAAUGUUCAGAGAAAAUACUGAGACAUCUGAGAAAAUCUGUGUGAUCAGUUUUACACGAGAAUAACUUUUUGACAUUAAGCCAAGUUGUGAAAUUAACUCUACUCUGGUUCUUUAGUCAAACCUGCUCUGCGCUCAUGUCCACUACUGCCCCCUGUGGCUGACUGCAAUAAUACCUAAUUGUCACUAUAAUGUACAAAUGUAGGCUGCUGUUAUUAAUCAAGUUUUCCUGCAGUGCAUUUUGACUAUUUCACCCUGACUUUCUUGGAGUUUUGAUCAAAUGUUUGCUCACAGUAACGGAUCAUUUUUAUUCCAUGACCGUCUUUACAUCAACACAUAAAACAAACAACAAACAUCACGAAAGACUCACAUGUUUAUGGCUAUAAUUCUCUUCAGCUGGGUUUAUCCAACAUUUGAUGCAAACUCUUCUUCCUCUCCUGUUAGGACACUACAUCAGCAGUGGGCUGCACCCUGAUGUGGAUCCUCAGACUGCCAGUGAUCUUUGGCUGAAUUAUAAUGACUCCAUGGUCACCUAUAUGACAAGAGAGGAUGUAUGCCAAAGAUCAGAGGAGUCAGCAUAUCUUCUCUUCUACGAGAAGAUGGUGAGAAAAAAUUGUUAAACAUAGAUUAUAAUUAAAUAAGCUGAAUUCUCCACAAACAGAGAUCAUUAACUGUCUUUAUGUUUGUUUUAGGAAUAACAAGCCAAAAUGAAUUUAAGAGUUUUUGACGGGGAGUCUUAAGUCAAAAACCAGUGAAGUCAGGUAAGAUAGAGAAAAUACUCCUUUAUUUUGUCCCGCAAGGGGACAUUUCCAGUUUGGGAACCAAAGACCAUUUUAAUUUACUGUGUUUGCAUGAAUGAUUUUAAUUACAGAAAUGUGUUUAUGAAUUUGUCUUUUUUAAUUUUAAUUUUCUUUAACUGAAUUAUAUUCAUUAAUUUAUUUCAAAGAUGUGAAACCUUCCCCUGGAAAAAUCAUUUCUGCAGACUUCAGAUUUUAUAAUUCGUCAUUUUUUCUGUCUCAGGUCCGAGUGGAGCAGUACAGCCUCGUCCAGAACCAGGAUGAGUCCACUCCUUGGCUGUUACUGAGGAAGGUCCCACCGAUGGACGGCCCUCCACGUUCUCCUCCCCCAAGCUCAACCAGGCUCAACCAAACUCAACCACUCCCUCUCACUCCUCUUCUGUCCCCCCCGG